AUGCCAGCCUCGGAGUCGAGCGGCAUCGACAAACUCCCCGAUCGAGUUCUUGUUUACGCGCGCGUGAAGCCGGCGAGUCCCUCAGGUUCUCGCGAGGUCGCCACACGCUGCGUCGAUCACGAUGCCGAGGACGCGUCCCCGCGAGACGGUAAAUCGUCUCGGAGCAUCCGCGUUGUGAAUCCGAACGCGGCGGUCGUGCGGAAGACAUUCGACAUGGAUCGAUGCCUCGGGCCUCGAUCCACGCAACAUGAUGUUUACGAGGCCGUCGGCGCGCCCGUGCUGGACUCAGUCCUCCGUGGAUGUCACGGCGCCAUCCUCGGGUACGGCCAGACGGGGAGCGGCAAAACACACUCCCUGCUCAACCUUGGCGACGGAGGCGAGGCCGGUCUCGUGCCGAGGCUCGCGGUCGACUUGUUCACCCGCAUCGCCGCGGAUUGGACGCACAUGUACGACGUGGAGAUAGCGAUGGUGCAGAUUUACAACGAGACGGUCAUGGACCUGCUCAAACCGAACGACAUGAAGCGCACUCCGGGAAACUCCGAGCGAGGUCUGAGGGCGUGUCAGAGGAAGGCGUCAGCGGGUGGAGGCUGGGAGCUUCUGGACUGCACGUGGUACAGGUGCAAAUCGCCCGAGCAUCUCUUGGACUGCUUUCGACAGGGAAGGAAGGGGCUGGUGUAUGCCGAGACGAUGAUGAACAAGCACUCCUCUAGGUCACACUGUGUGCUCCAGCUCAAGGUCAACCGUGUUCCUCGACCAGACAACACUACUGUGAUGCCUCAGCUCAACUCCAGUGGAUACAGGCGAACUUUGGAGCUCUUACAACACCAGGGCUUACUCACGGUGGUAGAUAUGGCUGGCAGUGAACGGGUUAAGAAGACGCUAUCCGAGGGAAUACGUUUCUCGGAGGCGACAAACAUAAAUACGAGCCUGCUUGCCUUCGGCAACGUGAUGCAAGCGCUCGCCGAGAAACGAAGUCAUGUUCCGUAUCGAGACUCCAUGCUCACGAAAAUACUCGAGUCGUCCUUGUCAGGAAGAAGCAGGACUGCACUGCUCGUCUGCCUUGCGCCGGAGUUGGAACACUCCCAUGAGACGACGACUUCCCUCGAGUUUGCUUCCCGAGCUAUGCGAGUAACGACGGUUCCAGUGGUUCACUCUGCAAAUGUUGAAUUUGACCCGGCGGACCUCACUCGAGAGCUCGCCGAGGCUGCGUCUAAUUCAGCGCUUCAGAAGAUGGGCGAGGAGGUACUGAGCUCAAGACAAAUGCUCGAUCGAGAGAAGGCAGAGCGUGCGGAGAAAGAGGACCAUUUGUGUGAUCUAAUCACCCGUGAACGAGCAGAACGUGCUGAUGUUGAAGAAAAAUUGCGAAGACGGCUGGCCGAGGCUGAGGCUGAGAUCGCAUCGCUGAGCAUCAAGCUUUCAGAUGCCAAGACUGAGGCACAUAAUCUGAGCGAUGAACUUGCACACGCUCGGAUUGACAUCACCGCUGCGGAAGAAUGUCGCACGAAACAGAGAAUUGCAGCAGAGGAGCUUGAGCGGGAGCUCGCGCUGGAGCGAGAGGCGUUGCGUGAAGCAGCCCAGAACUUCGCGGACUCAAUGAGAGCACUCGAAAGAGAUUUGGUCGCGCGCCAGGAGGCUGAAAAGUUAUUGACUGAGCAAAGGCUACGCGAUUCUUUUGAGUCAGAGAGAGCGCAACAUGGGGCCAUCGAGGUUCAGCUUCGUCACGCACUUGAGCGAGAAAAAGCUGAACGAAUAGAGAUGGAAACGGAGCUUCGAGGGACAAUCUUACGCGAGCAAAAACAGCGGAUCGCUGCGGAAAACGAAAUGCACGAGUUACUGCGCCGUGAAACAUCAAACUUUAUGGCCACGCAAAGUGAAUUACAAGAGGCUUUAGACCUGGAGAAAUCAGAUCGUGUCAAAGUUGAGAGCAGUCUGCGCCAGAGACUGUCAGAGCUUGAGGAGAACAUCUUGACAGUCAAGCAACAACUUGCAGAUGCGGCAGCCGACAAUGCUAAAUUGAAAGAAGACCUCACGAAUGCUCAAAAGGAUGCAGCUGCAGCUAGAGAGAGGUUUCAUGAACAGAAAAAAGUCACUGAUGCCCUUGAUUGUGAGUUGAAACUUGAGCGUGAGGUUCUUCAGCAAUCCGCAGCUCGAUUGUCAGAAUCUGCGGAGGAGAAGAAAAUAUUUGCUCAGCAGGUCUGCACACUAGAAGAGAAACUGAAGGAAACGUCCCUGGCAAAGGAUAUUGCCGAGUCCACAAUUGAGAAUCUCGAAGCAUCCCGGCAGUCUCUAAUUGAUGAAAUGAAACUUCUUCGUGAGAAUUGGCACAGUGGCUUGGCUGAGCUUCAAAAAGCGUCAACAGCGGCGGUGGGUCAAGUUGAGACAGCUGCACGACUGCAGCUAGCCGCAGGCGCCGCAAUGUUUAAACGCGGGCGAAACGGAAAGAUUUAUAGGAGGAUGGUGCGUUGUAGUGUCGACACAAAUACGUUGGAAUGGGCCCCACUCGGGGAAUUUCGAAAGAUGUCAGUAAGGGGGGCUCACAUUGACUGGAUGCCAGAUGCAUCUGGGUUUGUUAUCCGGGGGCCUGAAAGAGACUUACGGUUGGAACUCACAGAUGCUGCGGUCGCUUCAUGGGCACGUGCACUUGACCAACGCCUCCCAAGGAGUGAAAACACCCGACGAAUCUGCACUCCUUUGCGGUUUGGAAACCCCAUGCAGAAGGCGUUUGGUAGCUUCAUGACACCAUCGCGUAAAUUCACUCCAUCGCCUGAAUCACAGCCGAUGAGUCCAGGGGGAGCUUGCCGAACCACUGCGGAGCUUGCCGCGCGACAGCUCGCUAACCUAGGAGCGCCUAACAAGGUUCUAUUCAAAUGAACAGGCAUAGCAUAAUAUGUGUUAUUCAGAGCAAAAUAAGUAGUC